GAAAACUACAGUUCGAAAACUGAUAAAGGGUAUGUUCAGAGUCUGGUGAUUAUCCGUCUUCUCUAUAGUUCCAGUCCUCAUAACCUGAUGUCACCACCUAUGUAUUUGGGCAUGAUGCCUACGUAUCUAAAGCCCAAGCCUAACCAACAAGAAACUGAUAUGUUCAAUCAGCAGUUGAACAUGCUACCGGAUUGGAUUGGAUCCAGAAAAGCUACUAGUCAUCAUAUGGGAAUACCAAGACAGUUAAAUGUUCGGUCUGAUGAGAAGGAGGAGUUACUUGGAGAAACAUUUCAGUCUGAAACUGGUUAUUAUCCGUCAAAACGUCAGAGAACCGAAACACCAACAAAGUCGAAUCUUCCUUCUUGGAGCAAUACAUUCAGACUCCCUCCUCUUAAGCUACGUCAGGACCCGACUCUCCACAAUGCUGGUUUCACUGCAGAGCAGAAAGUCUCUACUCCGCCGAAAAGUUUUGAGGAGGUUUCUUCAUACGCUAGAGGAUAUUUCCCUACAUCAACAGUGCCGGUAUGUAGCAAUUUUGUUGUUGAUAAAGUCUCUGAGACGGCCAGCGGAUGUUCAGAUAUAACGAAGCUAGAUCUGGUGGAAACUUCUCCUUUGGAUAAUAAGCAUGUUCAGGGUCUUGGUACUAGCAAAAACACAAAACCAGCAAGAGGAGCAAUCAGGGUUUAUUCUUUAGACGAUCUGUUUUCCAGCGAUAGAGCAACUCAAGCCGAGGAAAGGCCUCUGAAGCAUGAGAAAAUGGGAUCUGGAGUGGACGUUGUUGAGCCUAUGAAAUGUGAUGAACUGAUCAAGUGCGAGUUUAAUACUCACACAAUGUCUCUGCAGAACCGUAACAAGAGAGACGUCUCACUUGUCGAACGUUUCACAGAAGAAGAAAUAAGGUUGCAUAUAAAGAGUCUCAAGGAAGCAAGUAUUCAGGGAUGCAUCAGAGAAACGUGUGAUCUCAAGGAGGAAGGAUGUCAAUUGUGUGGCGAGGGACCACUCUUGUUCCCAGCACAACCAAUAUACUGCUCGCUUUGCCCUCGCCGAAUCAAAGAAAAAUCUACCUAUUACAUCCCCGAGGAAAAGAUAGGUGAUGCGCAACAUCAAAUCUGUAACCCUUGUUACAGUCGCUGUCGAAGCAAGUUCAUUUUAUCUGGAUUCAGUCUCUCAAAAGCCAACUUGCUGAAAAAGAAUAACGCUGACAAUCAACACGCAGAGGAGUGGGUUUGUUGUGGAUCUUGCGGGAAAUGGCAACAUCAAAUAUGUGGUCUCUACAACAUACAUAAAGACAUUGACAAAACCGCAGACUACAUUUGUCCCUUCUGUUUGUUAGAGGAGCGUACAAGUAUCAACAAUACGGGACUCCUUGACAAUACGGAUUUGGGGGCGAAAGAUUUGCCUGAAACCAUCCUCAGUCACUUUAUAGAGCGAAGGCUAUUCAGGCGCCUCAAAGAAGAAAGAUACCAAACCGCAAAGGCUACUGGGAAGAGCAUCAAUGAUGUACUAGAACCAGAUGAUCUUACUCUCAGGGUGGUGUUUUCAGCUGACAAAACCUCAUUCGUCAACAAAACUUUUGCCGAUUUGCUUCACAAAGAACAUUAUCCUAGUGAAUUCCCUUACAGAUCAAAGGUUAUUCUUCUGUUCCAGAAAGUUGAAGGAGUUGAUAUAUGCAUCUUUGCCUUGUUUGUCCAAGAGUUUGGAUCAGAAUGUAGCCUACCAAACCAACGCAGCAUAUACAUCAUAUAUCUCGAUUCCGUCAAGUACUUUAGACCCGAGAGAGUGACAUUCUCAGGAGAAGCUCUUCGAACAUUCGUUUAUCAUGAAAUAUUGAUUGCAUAUCUUGAGUACUGUAAGAUUCGGGGUUUCACUACGGGUUAUAUAUGGGCCUGUCCACCUCCAAAAGGAGAAGACUACAUUAUGUACUCUCAUCCUAAGACUCAGCAAACCCCCAACACUAAGAAACUUCGCCAAUGGUAUGUGUCAAUGCUGGAUAAAGCAGCCGAGCAGAGGGUGGUGACGAAUGUUACAAACUUGUAUGAUCGGUUCUUUGUUUCGAGAGAGGAUUCUACCUGCAACAUUACAGCUGCGCGGUUGCCUUACUUUGAAGGAUCUUUCUGGUCCUAUAAUGCGGAGCUUCUGGUUCAGGAAAUCGAGAGAGGAGGCAGUAAUGAGUUGCAGAAGAAGGUUAAAUCGAUUUCUAGAAGAGCACUUAAAGGUGUUAUGAGCAACAAGAGUAAGGACGGUGUUGAUGUUGAUGAUGCUAAAAACUUUCUCCUGAUGCAAAAGCUCGAAAAAAUGAUAUCUCAAAACAAGGAGGAUUUCAUGGUGGUGGAUUUGAAUUAUUCGUGUACACGCUGUUCGGAGGCCAUAUUAUCGGGAUUGAGAUGGUUCUGCGAGAAGUGCAAAAAUCUUCAACUUUGUGAAAGAUGUCAUAAUGCAGAACAAGAGCUUCCUGGGGAACACACACAUAAUAUGAAUGGCAAAGAGAAGCAUUCGCUCUCAAAGGCUCAGGUGAACGGCAUACAGUCGACAACAGAGGAUAAUGAUGUCAUCCUACGAAAUAGUGUGUUGGAAAGCAGACAAGAGUUCUUAGGUUUUUCUCAGAAGCAUAAUUACGGCUUUGACACGCUUCGACGAGCCAAGCAUUCUUCGAUGAUGAUACUUCACCAUCUUCACACAUCAAACAAGCAUCAUCGCUCUGAAAACUCUAGUAGUCUCCUUCAAGUGACUUGCACGGCCUGCAAAAAAGAUGUUUCAACAACGAUUUACUACACUUGUUUGAUUUGUUCGGGUUACCGAGCUUGCACUAGAUGCUUUACCGAAAGCACAAUCCUUCGCCAGCUACAUCUCUUCCCCAUAGUCCCUUCAACUCACGGAACGCCGCCUAGAACUGUUGGGGCUCUUGGGAUGCUGGAUGCUUUGUUGCAUGCACAUGCGUGCCGAUCCACGGCCACUGAUUCGUGCUCAUACCCGAAAUGCAAUGAUGUUAAAACUUUAUUCAGUCACAGAGAGGUGUGCGAUGUCAAAGAGCGAGGAGCUUGUAAGAUUUGCAUGAAUUUUUGGAAGAUGAUUAGGAUUCACGCAUACCAUUGCCAAGAUCCCGGUUGCCCUUUACCACGCUGCAGAGAUAUGAAGCAGUACUUCAUUAGGAAUGGUGUGAAUGGUGUGAGGCUCUAAAAAAGAGUCGAAAGACGACUUUGUACAUUGCCUUUGAUUAUAUAAUGAUUAUAGAAGAAAAUGUACAGCUCAAAAAACCUUUUUCUUACAUGAUAACUAU